UGCCUGCAGUAUGCAAGAUGCACUGGGAGCUUAGCACUGGAGCUUGCCUGCCCUGAAGCAACACUGCAAGAGUCUGUAUAUUUAAAAAUGUAGCUACACACAUAUUUGCACUGUCAUUGAAUGGGGAGCAUUUUAUAAAUCCAAUCCAUGCAUCAGUGACCGAGCUAGAUGCCAUCUUGCAUGUGAGAGUUUUACCCUGAGUUGUGCAACACGUAAGGUACCAGAAGAAAAUGCCGUCUAAGUACUUUCAAGAACACAACAAACGGAAGUUCUCAGAUUCCCUUAACAGCCAGCGUUGGAGAUUCUUGAAAAGUGGCCUGGAUGAUUUCAGAAGCGGCUUCCCUCCACCGUCUGACAACAUCAUCAGCUGUGGCACAAAGGGGCCUGUACCGAUUGUUCUGCGUAAUCGAGCACCUGAUGCUUCACGCAUGGCCCAGCAGAAGGGAAGGAAAAAGUGCACCAAAACCCAAGUCAGUCCUUCCAAGCUCAGUCCAUUGCAGAAAGCCAGACGGGAUCACAUUGCACAGACAGAACACUGCCUGAGCCUGCACCCCCUAGCACUCUACCCUCACCUGGAAGAAAGCAUCCCUCCUGAGCUUUUCAAAGAGGUUGUGGGCAUCCUGGAUCCUGAGAUGUGCUUGAAUAGUGAAGGUCAAUACAAGGAUUGUGACCAGGACAGCCACACCCCUCAGCAAGUGCUGUAUCAGCCGGAGGAUGGGAAAAGUAAAGAAGCAUGUCCCAGGUCAUCAGCCCUCAGCAAGGAGUCCAAGGGCAAGAAUCCGCAGUACACCUACCUGUCCAAGAAAGAGGUAGCAGCAAGGGAAAAGGAGGCCAGUCUGAGCUACGUUCCACCCCUGGAUGAGAACGUAAAGCGAGUGACUAAGGAGUUUUGUGACUGGGUGGAUUCUUUGGGAGGAGAAAAAUACAAAGUGGACGAAGCCACCAUUCUGAGCUUAUUUGACACUGGAUAUGAAACCAAGCUGGUGCUGUCUGUGCCCAUCCAUGUUGUGGAACUAAACAAUGUGCCAGCAGAACUGAGAAAAUAUAUGGGUGUUUCACUUCCACCAACCACUGUCAAGAGUCCUCUUCAGAACAGCUGCCGCCCGUGCCUUGCCAAGGAUCCAUCCCAACCAAAAUGGGAGAAGAUCAGGUUUGGAGCCUGGUACCUGGAACCAAAAACAUGGAGAAAACAAAGAGCAAAUGAACCUUUAGAGGAUCCAAACACAGCAGUGGAUACCGUUCAGAAUUUAAGGAACCAGUUUAGUGAAAAGGAGGCAGAGCUCAUGCAGCUCCAUGGAACACAUGCUUUUAAGGAAUUCCUCGAAACGAAGGGCUACCGGAAGCCUGAGUUCCUCCUGCAGAUGCUGGCUGCAGGGGAUGUUAAUGGAGCACAAGAGCGAACUUCAAAAGGCUACAAGAAAGAAUCUCUGAAGAGACCCGAGGGAAUCAGAGAAGGAUCUUCCUCCACAAUUGUUAAUUAACACAGAGUUCUGACUUUAUUCACAAGAAACAGAAGCACUAGUGAAACUGCUCCUGGAAGUCCCCAAAAUAGUAAUCUCAAAGAUAGGUUGAUUGUUUCCUUCUUUAGAAAUUGCUAGUCAAAUAUAGUUUAAAGAGAUCUACUUGGAUUUAUGAAUUCCAGACGCAUGCCAGCUGUCCUGGCAGCUCAGCCAUGGUACAGGCUGGCUGGGACACCUAGCUCCGUACUAGAGAUUUCGGCUCGACUCUACUGCACUCAUUUGGUUAAGAAUCAUGGUCUGGUUUGUUACUUGCUAAGCACCAAUGUUAUGCGCAGUUCUGUGUUGUCCUUUCCCUCAAGGAGCUUGCAAUCCAACAACUAGAUUAUUUCUUUAGGUGCAUAAAUGUUACCAAUCUAGAUGUCCCCAACAGGCAUAGUGUCUCAAACCAAGUCUACACCAGAAAAGGUUUGCCUUCCGAGGAAACCCUCCUAGUGCUCUUGGCAGUGUAGCUUCUACCAUUCCCCAAGUGAAAUAAGCUUUACGGCAAAAGCACUUUUAUGACACUGUCUACGCUAUGGCUUCUGCUGGUAUAGAAAUUCAUUUUAAAAGAAAAAUCACCUCCUUUAAUCAAUGUUGUUAUAUCAGCAAGAGUUCUAGUGUAGACCUGGCCUCAGAGCAGCAUUUCUUCCCUGAUUACUGUUUGCACCAGGCAUAGGUACUGGAAGGAGGAGUGCAGGGGGUACUGCAGCACUCCCAGGUUUUGCGCCCACCGGCCCCGCACCCCUGCUGCCCGCCAUCCCAGUCACUGGCCCCUGCCACCCGUCGUCCUGGCCACCAUCCCCGCUGCCACCCGGGGGCUCUGCUGCCAACCCCAGGUCCCACUCAGCCACCCACCCCAGGUUCUGCUCGGCCACUGGCCCCAUGCCCAGGGGCUCCGCUGCCGGCCCGGGGUCCCGUUCAGCCACUGGCCUCAGGGGCUGCACUGCUGGCGUCAAGGUCCCACCCGGCCACCAGCCCUGGAUGCAGGGUCCCAGCCGCUGGCCCCAAAGUCCUGUCCACUGACCCCUGGAUCUCAGCCAUUGGUCCCUGGGUCCUGGCCACCAGCCCUGGGAUCCUGGCCCCUGGCCCCACGUGAGAGGUCUCAGCUGCUGUCCCGCUGCCUGGGGCUCCGCAACCGUCUCUAGCUGUGGCCUCAGCCUGUCAUAAACAGAUAGCUAAGGGUUAAUGUCUCUUUCACCUGAAACAC